AUGCUGAAAAUAUGGUCGAUGAAGAAGGAGCAGCAAAAGGCUGAGAAUGCCGCGGAGGGGACGACAGCAGCCGCGCCCAAGAAGAAGAAGGUGACGGCGGCGCAAUUACGACUUUCCCUCGGCAGCACCAUGUCAACCGAAUUCCCCGACCCCGACAACAUCCUGUCCUUCCUCCUCUACAUCGAGCCCGACGAGGGCAUGUACAAGGGCGGCCGGUUCAGCUUCACGUUCAACGUCACGCCGUCCUUCCCGCACGAGCCGCCUAAGGUGCAGUGCCGCGAGAAGAUCUACCAUCCCAACAUCGACCUAGAGGGCAAGGUGUGCCUGAACAUCCUGAGGGAGGACUGGAAGCCGGUACUGAACCUGAACGCGGUUAUCGUGGGGUUGCAGUUCCUGUUCCUGGAGCCGAACGCCAGCGACCCGCUCAACAAGGAGGCGGCGGAGGAUUUGCGUAACAACAGGGAGGGGUUCAAGCGGAACGUGAGGCAGGCUAUGGCCGGGGGGACGGUGCGCGGGGAGACGUAUCAGAGAGUGCUGAUCUAG